AUGACUUUCUAUGGCUUGUUAGCCGCCGGCGUGGUGUUGAGAAAUUUUAUAGGCUUCCACAGCUUGAACCCUUCGGGCAAGGGGUUGGGCAAGGCUGCACGGGGGCAGAUUUUGUACCCUGGCCUGCUUGGGCACUGGAAGAAGCAGCAGGACGUGCAGUGCUGGAAGACGAGCCAGGACGUGCAGUGCUGGAAGACGAGCCAGGACGUGCAGUACUGGAAGACGAGCCAGGACGUGCCGUGCUGGAAGACGAGCCAGGACGUGCAGUACUGGAGGAAGAGCCAGGACGGAUGGUGGGCUGUUUGUUCAGGGUUCCCUGAGCAGCUGGCCGAUGAGCCAAUGUGUUCUGCUUCGCUGCAGCAGCAGCUGUGGUCUUCGGGUCGGUGGUCAUGGUGGCGAGGAUCUGAUGUUAUGGAUGAGGCCAUCGGAGAGAUUCCGAGCGUGCGCCCAACUGCGGCCAGAAUGGAGGCCUAG